AUGAUCGCAUCCCCGCUGAACCGAUCCUCAAGCGCCGCCUUAUGCGUUGCGGCUGCCGACUCGCGCCUCGCUUCGUUACUCCCCACCGCCGCAGCAGCCGGUGUCGCGCGCAUCGUCGUGCGGUUCGGCCCGUGGUCCGACGCGGCGCUUGUGUCCGCCGAGACGCUAGCGCGCCGACGGAAGCGGCUGCUGCGCCUACAGCAGGAGUUGCGCGCAGCCGUCCCCCCAUCAGACUCCGCGGCUUCCUCUCCGUCACCAGCUUCCGCGGCUCUUCCUCCCCUACUACUAUCCACCGCUGAAUCAGAAAUGGAGUGCGGAGAUUCGGGCAGCAUACGGAGUCAUGAUGAGUCAGACGCAACUAGCGGCAGCGGUACUACUUCCGGACAUGUAGACGGAGUUUUUAAUAGCACUGGCUGUGAUAGGCAAGAAAUGAGCAGCCGUGCUAGCGGGGGGCAAGAGAACGGGGCGAGGGGGAAGGACUUCGAGUCGGAACUAGGAUGGCAAAUCGCCCGAGCAACGCCAGCAGUGAUAAUAAUGGCAGACGCAGCAGAUGCAUGGCAUAGGAUGGUUUUUGAGAGCUCUCAAGAAUCAGCAGACGCGUGGCAGGGGAUGCUGGGAACGAUGAGCAGGCGGAACGUCGCGGGGCGGGUGGUGCUGGAGCCGAUACCAGAAGCCGACACCAUGCAGGUGUCCGUGAUUGCAAAUAAGGGGGCUCAAGCAGAACUGCAGCCAAAGAGUGCGGAAGCCGACACCAUGCACACCAUGCAGGAGUCCGUGAUUGUAAAGGGGGGGAGUCAAGGCGUGUGGCAGCCGGGUAGUAGGGCCGUCGGGCUGGCUAUGAGAGCAGGGAUCGAGCCGCGCAGGGCAGGAAGUGAAGCAGAGGGAGGAGAGUCUAAGCUGACAGGGAGUUUUGUACGAUUGAUGUGUUCCGAGGCACGGCUUGUCUCAGGAGAGCCUAGAGCUGCUGGGCCUAGCACACCUGAACCGCCUUUUAAUCAUGCAAACGUUGUCAGUGCCGAGCCGAAUGCUGACGAGCCUAUCGCUGCCGAAUCCAUCGCCCCCGAGCCUACAGAGACUACUGCUCCUGAGCAUAUCACUGCAGAACCUAUUGCAACAUGUCCUGUUGCGGCUGCGCCUCUCGCUGGCAAGCCUAUUACUGCAGAGCCCACCACUGCCGAGCCUAAUGUUGCCGAGCCUACCUCUGCUGAGAAGCAGAGUGGGGUAAGUAUAGCGAGGUUGGAGAAAAUAUACAACCGCGAGCGAAAUCGAGGAAGUCAACCUCUGUAG